GGUGAGUCAUGGGAGGGGGAUGAAAGGUGUGUGGUUCUCCCUGGGCGCCAUCAUUGGGCUGCUCUGCUCCUGUGGGCUUUUCCUCUACACGCUAACCACCUCUCCCCACCUCACGGCCUACUCCAUCCCUUUGUUCGGCGCGGCACAGGAGGCUGAGGACACAGUGUGGGGGGAGGACCCACGGCCCCCGAGUGAUGACGAGGACUGGGGGAAGAUCAACUGCACGGUGCCGGAGAUGAGGAACUUCGACGACUUCUACGACUACAUCGAUCGCCGUGAACUGCAGUGCCACAAGCCGGUGAUGAGCGGGGGCUGCAUCAUGACGGGGACCACCUUCCUGAUUGGCGAGAAGUGGGUCUGCAUGGACAACAGGUUCAACAUAACGCCCGGCCGCUGCCUCGCCCUCUCCUUCGGCAUCGCAAAAGACUUCAGCUUCGACGAUGAUAUGGACAAACGCUUUAACUGUACGGUGCACGCCUUCGACCCCACCAUCAGGACGCCAACCCACCGCCGCUCCGCCAACGUCAUGUUUCACAACCUUGGAAUAGCGAAGUCGGACCGGGUUGAAAGGAACAUGACGAUGGCGCGCUACACCACGAUCCUCAAGAAGCUGCAGCUCGAGCACUCCGUCGUCGACUACCUCAAGAUCGACGUGGAGGGCUACGAGGCGGAGUUCUUCAGCGACGUCAUCAGGAACACGCCCAACCUGCUCAAGAACGUCAAGCAGAUCGGGAUGGAGAUACACGCACAGUCGGGUCUUCCGUUGCGACGAGAGCUCCUGUGGAUGUACUUCGGCUUCCUGAGGUGCUACGGGUUCAAGGUCAUGUUCAGCGAGAUCAACCCCGUUAAGAGUCUGAGGUUCGCGGUACGAGGGCAAGAACGUUCCUGCUGCUACGAGGUGGUGUGGGCGAGGGAGAAGCAGUGGUGAGGGGCGUCCUGCAGGGUGGGGAGUGUGCGCGGUGGCGACAGUAUGCAGGGCUAUAUAACGGGCACUUCGACCUCUCUUGACGAGCAGAGCAUGGUGACUUUUUUUACAGCAGAGUGAGGAACUCAACGGCAAAACAUCAAAAACAGAAAAGCUCACUAUGCACUGCUCCUCAUCUUCCUUGUUUGGUAAGAAAUAGAAGGUUUAAGAGUGGCUAUGGGCAUCUCCAGCCACCUGCAUCCGUCUGUGGCUGAGGUUAUUCCGGUUGAUCAGCGUACAAUACGAGUGAGGCUGCAGCACAACACUGGUCUCCAUGUCUCUGAUUGAAGUAUACGCUCCUACCAGGAUGUGAGAGACUGAAAAGAUGCUCUACGCCAUACUCGACUCCGUAUUAGACCCCUUGGGACACAUCUGAUCAUUGUCUUGGGCGACUUCAAUGCAUGUUGUUACAGCACUCAAGCUUCAUGUCAGGUCAAGAAGAAUAUCGAGAUGCAAAUACUGUAUUCCAUCUCGAGAGGCUGAAGACCCUGGCAUGUGCUCAGGAGUAUGUAGCGACAGUCUCAAAUCUGUUCACUGUACUCGGGAUCCUUGAGAACCCUGCAGAACUGUGAGACACCUUCAAACGGAAAUGGCGUGUAAUAAUUAUAUCCCGUGAUAACUGACAUCAUAACAAUACUUUACACAGGUGACAUGACGGAGUCGUAGGUGCAUGGAAUACUGAGUCAGUGUCAGAAAUCAAAUACCAAUGAGUCAUGGUAACAAAGCAGAAGACACAUGAAAGGAAAUACAAGGAUAAAAUAGAAAUCCCAAGAAAGAUGUCCAGGAUUGCUUUUUCAGUCAGGCCAGACCCUGCAAUAGAAUUUUAAGGGAAAACCUGCCUGAAGAGUGUCAAGCCAAGCGUGCUCACGGGAAGAACAGUGGUGGACUGGAGCAAAGGGGAGCGGGAAUCACUACAAAGCAUAGAGAGGAGGCGGCGGCCGAGUGGCAGUAUGUAUGCGGGCUGGUGACCCCGUGGACCUAGGCGGACCCACCGUGUAAGGAGUGUUUCCUUACACUGUGGGCGGACCUCGGUUUGAGUCCCACCCAAGCACGUUGAUUUCUUACCCAUCACUCAGUGGUGGAAUAUCACCCACAUGCUGCCCAGCAUAUCUUCAAUCAACCCUGACUUCAGCGACUUCGUUCAAGCGGAGUACCGGGAGCAGCAUGGGCCAGGCAAGGGUCAAACAUCACGGCAGCCACUAUAAAUCUUCAUCCUCUUGGUCUUGAAAAGUAAUGCGCAGGGCAGCUGUGCAGGUGUAUAACACGCAUAUUUGUGUUGGCUGCUGGGGGGACGGGGAAGCCGAGUGUGCAGGGGAAGGAGGUGAAUCAAGUGUAACUGCCCUCAGUGUCGCUGUGUUGUGGUGACAAGUGAGUAUGUAUUUGUUUUCUGAAUGACUCUAUUGUACCGCAAUCUAUAAUCUGUUGGACGUAGAAGAGGUUGUUCCAGUCACGUAUGGUGCAUGGAAAGCAUGAGUGCUUGUAUGCGUCAGUGUUAAUGUGAUAUGUUUGGUAUUUUUGGUUGUGUGUGUUACGAGUACGUUGACUGUUUGCGUUGUGUAGGUAUAUACGUGGACCAAUGUCAAUGUGAGUGUUUGUUAUCUUGUACAGAAGAGUAAAUCUGUGCGCUUGUCUGCGUACGUGAAGAGGUUCCAUGUUUGUCUGUUGUUAGAUCCGUGUUGUGACGCCAGCCGCUCCUGUUUAAUUGUUUGUAAUGAACCUGGACGCCUUGGUGAUGACGUAUUGCUCUUGCCCAUCGGUGGAGGAGAAGGAAGAAGAAAGGCAGGAAGGUAGAAAGCCAGUCUCUUAGUCUGUUAGGUUAGGAAGAGGUAGAGAAAAUAAUAAUAAUAAAAAUGAUAAUAAUAAUAAUAAUAAUAAUA